AUGCUCAAACCCAUCCUCUCCUCCAUCCCUCUCAACGUGCCUUCUCGUCUCACCUCUCACAAAGAGCGUAAAGAUGUCAGGGCGAGAGUAAUGUCCAACAGGAUCAACCCACUGCUUCGCACGAUAUAUCUCGUCAAAGUCCAACUCAGCAUAGACAAUGCCCUCCCAAUCCGCUGGGAGAGGGUCCGUAAUACUCCGCCCACCGGGCGCAAUGACCUCAGUGAACCCACCUCCGACAACAGCCGUAUGAGGAAGUUCCUCACUGGCGCCGUCCUGGCCAGGACUGUCAGUGGCGGCCGCGGUGUCGGUGGGCAGGAGGCCAUUGGCCUUGAGACCCUUCUUCGUUUGGAUGGAAGACUCGAGGAUAACGAAGACGCCGCCUUCAUUGUUGGUAUCACGGUGGAAGAGCAUGACACCGGCCCAUGUGUAGAUAACCCGUACUGUGCCCCGCGGCCAGGGCCGGCGUUCUCUGGAACUUGUAUUCUCAACUCGGCCCUAACAUUUCAAAAAACGAGUCGCGCGAGAAUGGACGAGAGCAAAGUAGCGAGCGCAGAGACAGCUAACGUUAUGGACCUUGACGGCCAGCCUGGUGUUUCCUACAGUUUCGAGCCCGCGCCUUCUUGGGUUAGGUUCGUUCCUGGGCCAACACCAACCUAUCGUUUCAACGGACUGUCCCCAGCUGCCUCGCGCAGAGGAGUAAUCAUGGCAGGCUGCGCUUGUCUCAUGAUAUCUGGCAUCAACGUCGCAUUGAUGGGGAGCGUUUCGUCAACACCAUCUUAUCUGGAGUGCACUGGCCUCACAGACGGAUCAAAACACACGAAACGUCUGAUCGGUCUCAUCAACGCCAUAUACUGGGUCGGUGUCAUUAUCGGCGCGUUGAUGAUCGGACCCAUCUCAGACAAAGUCGGACGGCGCCGGGCCAUUUUCAGCGCUGGAAUAUACGCGAUGGUCGCGAUCCCAUUGUUUGCGUCUCUGCAGAACUUCGGCUGGGCAUUGGCGUUGCGCUUUCUGAACGGUUUGGCGACAGGGUCAUUCGACUCGGUUGGUCUGAACUGGUCGGCGGAGUCCAUCGACCCUAGAAUGAGAGGCCGAGCAAUCGGGUUGCAGAUGUGCUGCGCUGCACUGCGAGCCAGUCAGUCAUACUUCCUAGUAUACGGGAUAUCGAAAGGGACGAACAGGGAGAUUCUGUGGCGGUUUCGGAUUGCCUACCAAUGCGUCCUGAUUCUGCUUGUCUCCGGCCUUGUGUGGAUUCUUCCGGAAUCUCCGCGAUGGCUGGUGCGGAGGGGUCUUAUCGAAGAGGCAAGAGGCAUCUUGCAUUCGAUACAGGAGCGCCAGAUUGAUGGUGUCUUUGAAACGGCCAAGAAGGUUGACGAAGAAAUUGUUUCCAUUUAG